AUGACAACUGUGAGAUAUGAACAAGGGGCAGAGCUGACAGAAGCAUCCAGCUCUCCAACAGCAGAAGAGCCCACAGUAAAGAUUGAUGAUGGUCGUGAUGAGGAUAAUGAACCAGACAGCUGUUCCGGUGCAAUUAGGAGAAAGAUUUCCCCAUUUGUGAUGUCAUUUGGAUUCAGAGUAUUUGGAGUUGUACUUAUCAUUGUGGACAUUAUAGUCGUUAUUGUGGAUCUGGCUAUCAGUGAGAAGAAGGGUGUUAGAGAGAUUCUUGAAGGUGUUUCCCUGGCAAUAGCGCUCUUCUUUCUCAUUGAUGUUCUCCUGAGGGUGUUUGUUGAAGGUUUCAGGAACUAUUUCUGGUCCAAACUGAAUAUUUUAGAUGCAUUCAUCGUGGUGGGCACUCUUUUAAUUAACAUGACAUACUCCUUCUCAGACCUUGCUGCAGCAGAUCAGAUACCAAGAAUGGUUACUGUCCUCCGAGUUCUGAGAAUUGUCAUCUUAGUAAGAAUAUUUCGCCUGGCUUCACAAAAGAAGCAACUUGAAGUGGUGACCAGGAGGAUGGUCUCUGAAAACAAAAGGCGUUAUAUGAAAGAUGGCUUUGAUCUGGAUCUCACUUAUGUUACUGAUCGCAUUAUUGCAAUGUCAUUUCCAUCUUCUGGGAAGCAGUCUUUCUAUAGGAACCCUAUAGAGGAAGUUGCAAGAUUUUUGGACACAAAACACGCAAACCACUAUAAAGUCUACAAUCUCUGCAGUGAAAAAGGCUAUGAUCCCAAGUACUUCCACUACAGGGUGGAAAGGAUCUUUAUUGAUGACCACAAUGUCCCAGCACUACAGGACAUGCUGAAAUUCACUGCCAGUGUCCGUGAAUGGAUGAGUCAAGAUGAAAAGAACAUCAUAGCAAUUCACUGUAAAGGAGGCAAAGGCAGGACUGGAACAAUGAUCUGUACCUGGCUCAUAGAUAGUGACCAGUUUGAGAGUGCAAAGGACAGUUUGGACUACUUUGGGGAGAGAAGAACUGAUAGAAGCACAAGUACCAAGUUUCAAGGGGUUGAAACUCCAUCCCAGAGUAGGUAUGUUGGGUAUUAUGAGAUCCUGAAAAACAAGUAUAACUUGAAACUCCCACCAGAGAGACAACUCAAAAUAAAAAACCUCAAAAUCCACUCUAUUCAUGGAGUUGGGAAAGGCAAUGGAACUGAUAUGAAGGUGCAGAUAAUAGUGAAGAAGCAAGUUGUACUAGAAUGUGUAUGUGCCACUCAAGGAAACUGCAAGCUUUUCUUUGAUUCUGAAAGUGACGCUGUAGUCAUUGGCUUGGAAGACAGCCCUGUUAUAAGUGGUGAUGUGAAAGUCAGAUUUGAAUCGCAUUCUGAUCUCCCAAAAGGCUACGAUAACUGCCCAUUCUUCUUUUGGUUCAACACUUCCUUUAUUGAAAAUAACAGACUCUACCUUCCCAGGAAUGAGCUGGAUAACCCUCACAAGUCUAAAACGUGGAAAGUCUAUAGUGAGAAAUUUGCUGUGGAAGUGAACUUUAUUGAACCGUAAGGGAAAGCUGAAAAAAGGGAACACAUUCAUCUCUUUUCCUGGAGAAUGUCUUGCUGCUUCAGUAUAAAGUGAAGCAGUCUCAUUUUGGUGUACUUAAUGUAUUUCUGUGUAGAUACAACUUCUCAAAUAAACCUACAUGAAGUUCUGUUGUGCAGAGCAAUA